GCUUUGUUUACUUAGGAAGCCGAGCGCAGCUAGUUCUGCAGCCUUACUCAAACAAGGUGUGUGUGCGUGCGCGCGCACACAGACACACUUGCAGUUUGAUCUGAGUGUAGGGAGAGAGAAGAGAGUUCCGAGUCGAGAGCGUUUGCAGACAAGAAGGUUAAGAAGAAAGAGGUGAAGGAACAUUUUGUUCUUACUGCAGCAUUUUUUCUCUCCAUCCGCAUGUGUGAUCAGUUUUUUUCAGGAGAAUAAGGAGAUUCAAUUAAAGGAAGAUCAUUUUUUCCUCUCAGACGGACGAAACAGUAUGGCGGGGUUUAGCGUGCACUGACGCAACGCCUGGAUGCACCUGCAGAGUUUCUCCAGUUUCUAAACUCAACUUUUUUGGCCCCUUGAGGGAAAGUUAAUUAUUUAGCCUCUUAUUUUUUUCUUCUUGGUUUUCAAGCUUCCAGUUUUAAUGUGCCAUACUUAUGACUCCUGGCUAACAGAGAACAAGGUGCUUUACUCUUUUGGAGUGAUCAUUUGAUUUGGAUUAAAGCUGAGAGCGGACGGUUCGUAGGGAGUGCGAGCGUUACGGCAACAGAAGAUGGAUUUUGAUUCGCGGGAACCUGAGCAAUGUCUCUCGCCAGCUGCUUUUGUAAACCAGGUGCAGUAUUCCAACAUCCUGGAGGGCCGUUUUAAACAACUGCAAGAUGAGAGAGAGGCGGUACAAAAGAAGACCUUUACUAAAUGGGUGAACUCCCACCUGGGUCGUGUGACCUGCAGGAUUGGUGACCUCUACACUGACCUUCGCGAUGGACGCAUGCUUAUCCGCCUGCUGGAGGUUCUCUCGGGAGAACAACUGCCAAAGCCCACCAAGGGCCGUAUGCGCAUCCACUGUCUGGAGAACGUUGACAAGGCUCUGCAAUUCCUGAAGGAACAAAAGGUUCACCUGGAGAACAUGGGUUCUCAUGACAUUGUCGAUGGAAACCACCGGCUCACACUUGGACUCAUCUGGACCAUAAUCCUUCGCUUCCAGAUCCAAGACAUUAGUGUUGAGACUGGGGACAACAAGGAGAAGAAGUCGGCCAAAGACGCUCUACUAUUAUGGUGUCAGAUGAAGACUGCAGGGUACCCAAAUGUCAAUGUCCACAACUUCACCACCAGCUGGAGAGAUGGUCUGGCGUUCAGCGCUAUCGUGCACAAACACAGGUCAGACCUGAUUGACUUUGAUAAUCUCAAGCGAUCCAAUGCCCACUAUAACUUGCAGAAUGCCUUCAACGUGGCUGAGAAGGAGCUGGGUCUCACCAAGCUACUGGAUCCAGAAGAUGUAAAUGUUGAUCAGCCUGAUGAGAAGUCCAUCAUCACAUAUGUGGCCACAUACUACCACUACUUCAGCAAGAUGAAGGCACUCGCCGUAGAGGGCAAAAGGAUCGGCAAGGUGCUGGAUUAUGCCAUCGAGGCAGAUCAGCUAAUAGAGAAAUACGAGACUCUGGCCUCGGAGCUGCUGCAGUGGAUUGAACAGACCAUCGUCACCCUUAAUGACAGACAGCUCGCCAACUCGCUCAGCGCUGUUCAGAACCAGCUACAGGCUUUCAACACCUACCGCACUGUGGAGAAACCACCUAAAUUCACUGAAAAGGGAAAUUUGGAGGUUUUGCUCUUUACCAUUCAAAGUAAGAUGAGAGCAAACAAUCAGAAAGUCUACAUGCCAAGAGAAGGAAAACUCAUCUCUGACAUCAACAAGGCGUGGGAGAGGUUGGAGAAGGCAGAACAUGAGAGGGAGUUGGCACUGAGGAACGAGCUGAUCCGUCAGGAGAAGCUGGAGAUGUUGGCUGCACGUUUUGACCGCAAAGCAGCCAUGAGAGAGACCUGGCUCAGUGAAAACCAGCGGCUUGUUUCACAGGACAAUUUUGGUCUUGACCUGGGUGCUGUGGAGGCCGCCACUCGUAAACACGAGGCAAUCGAGACAGACAUCCAAGCGUACGGCGAACGUGUGGCCGCCGUGGAAGCUGUCGCCAGAGAACUGGAGGCGGAGAGAUAUCAUGACGUACGCCGUGUGCUAGCACGGAGAGAUAAUGUGCUCAGGCUGUGGGAGUAUCUGAAGGAGCUACUUGCGGAACGGCGGGAGAGGCUGAUGGCACACAGAGACCUGCAGCGUCUCCUACAGGAAAUGAAAUACAUCAUGGAUUGGAUGGAAGAUAUGAAGAAUCGUCUGCAAUCUCAGGACAGUGGUAAACACCUUCAUGAUGUGGAGGACCUGCUGCAGAAACACACUCUUGUGGAGGCUGAUAUAUCAGCACAGGCUGAAAGAGUCAAAGCCGUGCAGAGUGCCGCCAAGAGGUUUACCUCAAACGAACAGAGUUACAAGCCGUGCGACCCGGCGCUGGUUGAAGAAAAGGUGGAUCUGCUGGGCCGAGCGUACGGCGAACUGGGCCAGCUGGCAGCGGAACGAAGAGCCCGUCUUGAUGACUCACGAAGACUGUGGCAGUUCCUGUGGGAGCUUGGAGAGGAGGCCGCUUGGAUCCGUGAGCAGGAGCAGAUCCUCUCCGGAGGAGAUUACGGUAAGGACCUGAGCUCCGCUCUUCACCUCCUGUCUAAACACGAGGCCUUCCAGGACGAGAUGGCGGCCCGGUACGGUCCUCUGGGGAACAGCAUUGCUGGCGGAGAGGUCAUGGUGAAAGAAGGGCACGUCGGAGCAGCUGAGGUGACCGAGAGGAUCAGGGACGUAAAGGCACAGUGGGCGCAUCUCGAGGAGGCGUCCCGGUUGCGUGAGCAGGGGCUGCAGGAGUCUGUAGCUUUCCAUCAGUUCCAGACAGACGCCAACGACAUGGAAGCCUGGAUACUGGAAACACUAAGACUGGUGUCUAGUCAAGAGGUCGGCCAUGAUGAGUUUUCCACGCAGACUCUGGCCAGAAAGCAGAGGGAGGUGGAGGAGGAGAUUCAAAGUCACAGAUCACUCAUAGACUCACUACAUGAACAAGCCUCACAGCUCCCUGCAGCAUACUCGCAGUCCCCACAGGUGGAGGGCCGCCUCCCGGCAAUAGAGCAGCGCUACGAAGAGUUGGAGGGGUUGUCGUCAUCAUGGCGACAGGCCUUGGAUGGAGCCCUUGCGUUGUACCGCAUGUUUAGUGAAGCUAGUGCCUGCCAGCUGUGGGUUGGAGAAAAGGAACAGUGGCUGGACAACAUGGAGAUCCCCUCCAAACUAGAGGAUCUUGAGGUGGUCCAACAGAGGUUUGAAACUCUAGAGCCAGAGAUGAACACUCUGGGCACUCGCAUUACUGAUGUCAAUCAAGUGGCCCAACAGCUGCUUGGAUCAGACAACCGCAACAAAGAGCAGAUUAACCAGACACAGGACAAACUCAAUAACAGGUGGUCUGACUUCCAGAAAUUGGCCAACGAGCGUAAACAAGCUAUGAAUUCAGCACUGAAUAUCCAGAACUAUCAUCUGGAGUGUAAUGAGAUCAAGAGCUGGAUGAAGGAGAAGACCAAAGUCAUAGAGUCCACGCAGAGCCUUGGAAACGAUCUAGCAGGAGUCAUGGCACUGCAACGCAAGCUCACUGGUAUGGAGAGGGACCUGGAGGCUAUACAGGGGAAGCUGGAUGACCUGCGUUCGGAGGCCGAGAGGUUAGCCUCUGAACACCCAGAGCAGGCUGAGGAGAUCAUGGGUCGUCACGCUGAAAUCCAGGAGGUGUGGGAGGAGCUUCGAGCCACCAUGAAACGACGUGAGGAGUCAUUGGGCGAGGCCUCCAAACUCCAGGGCUUUCUCAGAGACCUCGAUGACUUCCAGGCCUGGCUGUCUCGUACACAGACCACCGUAGCAUCUGAGGACACGCCCACCUCUCUGGCGGAAGCAGAACGUCUACUGGCGCAGCAUGAGGCUAUAAAGAAUGAAGUAGAUAACUACAAGGAAGACUAUGAGAAGAUGAGAGAUACUGGAGCUGAGGUGACUCAGGGUCAGACAGAUGCCCAGCACAUGUUCUUAGCCCAGCGGCUCCAGGCCUUGGACACGGGCUGGCACGAGCUGAGGAGAAUGUGGGAGAGCCGUCACUGCGUCCUUGCCCAGGCCUUCGAUUUCCAAACCUUGCUGCGAGAUGCAAAGCAGGCGGAAGGCUUCCUCAACAACCAGGAGUACGUCCUGUCACACACAGAGAUGCCUUCUAGCUUGCAAGGGGCAGUAGAGGCUAUUAAGAAGCAUGAGGACUUCCUCACCACCAUGGAGGCCAGUGAAGAGAAGAUCAACGGUGUGGUCGAGUCUGGACAAAGACUCGUAUCGGACGGCAACACCCAUGCAGACAAGAUCCAGGAGAAGAUCGACUCCAUUCAGGAGAGGCAACAGAAAAACAAGGAAGCUGCUAAUGAGCUGCUUGGGAAACUGAAGGACAACAGAGAGCUUCAGCACUUCCUACAGGAUGGACAAGAGCUGACUCUUUGGAUAAAUGAGAAGUUGUUGACGGCUCAGGACAUGUCCUACGAUGAGGCCAGAAAUCUUCACAGCAAGUGGCAAAAGCAUCAGGCUUUUAUGGCAGAGCUGGCAUCCAAUAAAGAUUGGCUGGACAAGAUUGACAAGGAGGGUCAGGCAUUAGUGAAGGAGAAGCCUGAGUUGGAGCAGACGGUAUCAGAGACUCUGAGUGGUCUUCAGAAGCAGUGGGAGGAGCUGGAGAGCACCACUCAAGCUAAGGCUCAGUGUCUAUUCGAUGCAAACCGAGCUGAGCUCUUCACACAGAGCUGCUCAUCACUGGACUCCUGGCUCCAGAACAUCUCCUCUCAAAUCCAGAGUGAUGACUUCGGAAAAGAUCUCACCAUUGUCAACAUUCUUCUCAAAAAACACCAGAUGCUGGAACAUCAGAUGGAGGUGCGUGAAAAAGAGGUCCAGUCUCUGCAGUCACAGGCGCUGGCUUUGGCCCAAGAGGAUUCUGGGAUAAUGGAGGUGGAUGGGCAGCAAAGGAGAGUUACAGACAGGUUUUCUGAGCUGCAGGAUCCUCUGAAUCAGCGGAGACAGCGUCUUCUUGCUUCAAAAGAGGCACAUCAGUUCAACAGAGACCUCGAGGAUGAGAUAUUAUGGGUGAAGGAGAGGAUGCCCCUCGCCACGUCCACAGACCACGGCAAAGAUCUGCCCAGUGUCCAGCUGCUCAUCAAAAAGAACCAGACUCUGCAGAAGGAGAUUCAGGGUCAUCAGCCACGUAUCGAUGAUAUCCAGGCUCAUGGUAGGAAUAUGUCCCCUGAGAAGGAGUCGGAUGUGGACAGGGAGAGAAAAGCUGCGUUGGAGGGUCGUCUGGCGGAGCUGAGGGAAUCAUGGGACCUCCUGAUUUCUGAGACGGAGAAGAGAAAAGCGAGGCUAGCAGAGGCUAACCGAGCGCAGCAGUUUUACGCAGAUGCUGCUGAAGCCGAGGCCUGGAUGGGAGAGCAAGAGCUUCAUAUGAUGUCAGAAGAAAAGGCAAAGGAUGAACAGAGUGCUCUGGUGAUGGUGAAGAAGCACCAGAUUCUGGAGCAGGCUCUGGAGGACUACGCCCAAACCAUCCACCAGCUGGCCAACAGCAGCAGACUCAUGGUGAACAGCGAACACCCAGAGAGUGAGAGAAUCACUAUGAGGCAGGCCCAGGUGGAUAAACUCUAUGCAGGGUUGAAAGAUCUGGCAGAAGAGAGGAGAGGCAAACUGCAGGAGAGACUGAGACUGACCCAGCUGAAGAGAGAGGUGGAUGAUUUAGAGCAGUGGAUCGCAGAGAGAGAGGUUGUCGCCGGAUCUCAUGAACUCGGACAAGAUUAUGAACAUGUGACGAUGUUGCGUGAUAAGUUCCGGGAGUUUGCACGGGACACCAGCACAAUCGGUCAGGAACGUGUGGAUGCUGUGAACGCUCAGGCAGAUGAUCUUAUCGAAUCUGGUCACCCGGAGAACGCAAGCGUGGCAGAGUGGAAAGAUGGCCUCAAUGAGGCCUGGGCUGACCUGCUGGAGCUUAUCGACACACGCACGCAGAUGCUGGCAGCAUCUUACGAGCUGCACCGCUUCCAUCAAGAUGCCCGCGAAGCACUGGGGCUCAUACGGGAAAAGAAGGAGACGCUAGCGGGGGCCGAACUUGGACGGGAUCUAAACACCGUCCAGCACCUGCUGAGGCAACACACGGCUUAUGAGCAUGACGUUCAGGCACUCAGCGGGCAGGUCACACAGGUGCAGGAUGAUGCGGCACGUCUGCAGAAAGCAUAUGCUGGAGAGAAGGCUGAUGAUAUCCACCGUCAUGAGCGUGCGGUUACAGAGGACUGGGUGGGUCUUCAGUCUGCCACUCAAGCCAGACGGCUGCUCCUGUUGGACACGGUGGAGAAGUUUAGGUUCAUUAACAUGGUCAGAGACCUCAUGCUAUGGAUGGAGGGAAUCAACUUGCAGAUCCAGUCACAUGACAGUCCGAGGGAUGUCUCUUCAGCUGGCCUGGUAAUUGCAAACCACCAGGACAUUAAGUCUGAGAUAGAGACUAGAGCAGACAGCUUCACGGCAUGCAGUGAAAUGGGACGCACCCUCAUCAACAACAACCACUAUGCUUCAGAUGAGAUCCAAGAGAAACUGGAUCAGCUUCAGGCCAAACGCAAUGAAAUUAAUCAGAAGUGGCAAGAGAAAAUGGAUCAUUUACAGAUUGUUCUGGAAGUAUUACAGUUCAGCAGAGAUGCGUCCAUGGCUGAAACAUGGCUGGCUGGCCAGGAGCCGUUGGUCAGGGCAGCAGAAUUGGGCACUAACGUAGAUGAGGUUGAGAGUCUUAUCAAACGCCAUGAAGCCUUCGAAAAACUAGCAGCAGGCUGGGAAGAGCGUUUUACACUACUAGAGAAGCUCACCACGCUGGAGGAAAAUGAGAUUCAAAGAAGAAGGGAAGAAGAAGAGAGGGCCAGGCGACCACCGACACCUCCCCCCGUGGAAGAAGUAGUACCGUCGGAAGUUAACGAUUCGGCUGCAAGGACGAGUCUGGACCAGACUACACUGAACCAGUCAGUAUCAGUCAAUGGUGUAUACAGCGACCAGGAUACAUCACAGUCAUUAUCGGUAUCUGAGCUCAAGAAAGCCGAACCUAAAGCUGAGACUAAACCUCAGUCUAACCCAGUUUCUAAGCCUGUGCCUAAACCCCACAAGGCACAGGAGCGUGGAUCAGAAUCUGAAUCUGUUAACGGUCCUGGACGUGACAGUGGUCUGGACUCUGCAUCACGACAAGACCCUUCUGCAACACUGCCAGGACGACCAGGAGCGGAUGCGGCCACAGAAGCCAUGGAGGGCAUGCUCUGCAGGAAACAGGAAAUGGAAUCCCAAAACAAAAAAGCAGCCACCAGAUCGUGGCAGAAUGUUUAUUGUGUAUUACGUAAAGGCAGUCUGGGCUUCUAUAAGGACAACAAGAGUGCCUCUAAUGGAAUCCCUUACCAUGGAGAAGUUCCCAUCAGCCUCAGCGAGGCUGUCUGCGAUGUUGCCCAAGACUACAAGAAAAAAAAAAAUGUAUUUAAACUUAGGCUUGGGGAUGGAAAAGAGUUCUUGUUCCAAGCAAAGGAUGAGGCUGAGAUGAGUUCAUGGAUUCGAGCAAUCCAGUCGACGCUGACACCUGCCGAUCAUUCGCCGGUUGCCCAAAGGGGUCUCAGUCGGGCAAUGACCAUGCCACCCAUCUCUCCCAGCUCGGGUGAAGCAGGAGGUGUGACCAUGCGCAACAAAGACGGCAAAGAGAGAGACCCCCAGAAGCGAUUCAGUUUCUUUGGCAAGAAGAAAUAAGCACCCAAAUAUACCACAGAUCUACACAAAGAGCGAAACAACCGAUGGAAGUUUGUCAACAAUCGAAACUUAAAAUGUUAGAAACGGGAGUCACAUGUCACCUCGUGGUACAUUUUCCAUUUUUGCCCUUUUUUAAAUUGGAAUCAUUUCACACAUGGAUCUUGUUCAAUCUCGCCUCCUAGCUGUCGUGCCACAUUUGGCCUGUGAUGUAUUGAAUUCCCAGGUUGAGCUGUUAAUGGGGCUUCUCAGGAGAAGAGGGAGUGACGUCCAGGACCAAGACCAGCUCUCAGACCAAUAGCCAAUGCAGCAGAAGCUUCUUGAAGUUCAGCUCAUAGCUUUCAGUUUGGCUAGUUUCCUCUUCAACUUUUCCCCAAAUUUUUAAACUUCGGGUUAGAGAGCUUAUCCAUACUGCAAUUAUUCAAAGACGAAGAGUGCUGUCCUGUUUCACUGAUUUUCAUUUUCUGUCUUAAUUUCAAUUUUCUUUGUGAAGGACCACUAUCCUUUUUUGGUAUUGUUAUACUUAUAACGAAAGAUUUAAUCGUUGUUGCUAUUAUUAAUAUUGUUUAUUUGCUGUUGCAUUUUUUUAGUCCAUUUAAAAUGGAAUAUUUAAAAAAAUUGUAAGUAUAGUUGGUAUGAGUCAUGUUAAGAGAGAACAACGCAAAAAGAGGCCAUGGGGUGGGAGUUUGUGUUGGUCUUUUUUUCACUUGUGACUGUUCUGACCCAAUUUUUACUUUCAUUCAUUUUUCUUGAUAUGAAUAUGUCGAAUGCGUUUUAAGAGAGUUGUUUUUGGGACUUGCCAGUAAAAGAAAAGGCGUAAACAAAAAACUAUUUAUAAUGCUUUUAGUUUAUCUUUUAUCUUUGAACUUAGCUUAUCUUUAUUUCCAAUUGAGAGAUACUUUGAGAUUUUUGCUUUCUCAUUGUGUGGCUUGUUUCUUUAGUUCAUAACCUCUUUAUCUCUUUUACCAGAAAAAUGUUUGUGGUGAAGAUUUGCAUUUGAGGUGUGAUGCUGUGGUUUGAACUGGUUUUCCUUUUGCUCAAAAGCAAACAGACGCAACACAAAAAUCAAUUGCACAAGCCAACAUUAAAUUUACAAAGAAUUGUGAGGAGUGGCAUUAACUCUUUUGUUUAUUUCCUCAUUGGUUUGAUUUCAAUACGUAGUUCACCAAGCUUCCUUGUACAGGUUCCUUGGGGUUUAUUCUCAGGCAUCAGUUUCACCCUUCAAACACACAGACUACAAACCCACAAGCUUUUUUCCCCCUACACGUAUGUAUUUUUACAGAGAUUAACCUCUUUUAUUAAAGCUAAAGUUGGAUUUAGUGUCAGUGAUGCUCCUUAGGUUGAUGCUGUAUUUCUAGGUGUGUGUGUGUGUAUGUAAGUGCGCGUUUGUGUGCGUGUAUCCACAGAAGAGGUUGUUUUCAGGUAAUACUGGUUGUGAAUGUGUUUUAAAAAAGAAACAAAACUACUGAGGUAUUCUUAAUAUGGACCAAAUUAACAGUUUCCCCCACUCAUGGCGAUUGAGAUAAUCUGUUCCAUUUAUUUGUACAUCACAACUUUCAAAUGAUCUUCCUUGGAGGAAUGUGAAAUUUUUACAGCGUAUAAUUGCAGGUUUGAUACUUGCGGGCAGGAGAGACCGUUUUCCUGGUUACCUUAAGUAACGUCCAUAAAAGCCAGAUCAAUGGCAAUCUGCCAGACAGGAUUUCAGAUAUACUUUUGCAGUUAUUAAAGAGCAUGAUGUAUUGGUAACAAGUGUACCCGCCGUGGCAUGAAAUCAGUAUUUUUGUAGGAUAAAGAUUUUUCAGCCUCAUGUGAUCGUGAGAAAGCUUGCCUUGGUGUGUUCACGUUAGCGUGAGGUUUUUUGACAUCAUACAAUGAAGCCCCUUCCUCUGAAGUGUGUGGAGUAUUGAGCCAUGUACUUACUGUAUGUCAUUCAUUUUUACAUUUUAUUCAGACACACAUUUAAGGGGUGGGCACAAAGACACAGUAAACAGCUGUAUUUGAUGUGAAGGAAAUGAUGCUGACUCCCUAUUAAACAUGGUCUUGCUCACCAAAAAAGCCAUGUCACCAAAACUUUUCUGUUCUGAACAGGGAUUCACUUCAGGGAAUCGGAAAUGAGGUUCAAGUCACUGUAGUGAAACAUUCUGUAGAUCAGUAUGAUGUUCUCCAUACUAAAGGGUUGAAGAUCCACUAUUAAUGAUCUAGCUGUAGAUCAAUACUUCAGACAAAAUUCUGUUAUUUAGUUUUAUUGAUUUGUUUAGCCUGAGCUUAACUAAUGGGACUGUGUGCUAAGUUUUGCAUUAGGUUAUAGUUCAUAUCUCUUAUUUAUGCUGUUGAUUUUUUUCCCUAUUCUAUAUCACAAUAACUUUGCAGUUUUUCUUAACCCUUUUUUUUUUUUUCUAGUUUGGUUCUAUGGUCAGUUACAUUGUGACACAUAUGAGUAUCUAAAUCCAGUUUAUGUGAAUUUCUAAAAAUGAAACAUCAAUUUAUAUUGCAAUAUAUCAAUGCAGUGAAUUCAAUGGGGAAAAGCUCAUUACUCAAAGUGUGACCUCAGUGUGCCAAGCGUUACAUUAAGUAUAACUUGUUUUUUAAAGCAAAUAUUUUUCCUCAUCCAUUAGACGUUUACCUUGCAAGAUUUUAAUGCAAACCCAUUCAAAUUGUUUAUUAAAGAACGUUGAUUCCAUUCCUCUUAAUGAGUUUUCAACAUCACUACUAUUAUGUUGUUAUUAUUGUUACUACUAUUAUAAAAGUCAUUAUAAAUAUUAAUAUUAAUACUACUGUUGCAACUGCACCUCGUGUAAAACUGCAGCCUGAGUUUGUUGUCUGUAAUACCAAACCCUGCCACCUGGGGUCAAGUGUGCUGUGGAGCAUUUUUCAUUACUGAUAUAAACAGGAAAGACUUGUUCAUUGACUCGUGUAUCUACAUCUAAUAUUAGGAAUAAAACAUGAUUUGAAAAUAAA